AUGACGACAACGAUAUCCGCAACAUGGCACAAGGCCGUCGAGGCCGAAGAGAUUCUGCAGCGAUCAUCUCAAGUCCUGUCCGUCGUCGACGGCCAGGCAUACGUCUUUGGCGGCGAGCUGCGGCCGCGAGAGCCCCGGGAUAAUGAUGUCCAUGUUCUUUCGCUGAACCUGAGUAAAGCUAACCUGCGUCAAGGCAGUAAAACCACCAUCUCCACCAAGCCGGCCACAUCUGCCAGCCCAUCUCCUCGCGUCGGCUCAGCCUCCACCGCCCUCAACGGCAAGAUCUAUCUCUUCUCCGGCCGGGGAGGAGUAGCCAUGACACCCAUCGAGGAGCACGGCUCCAUCUGGGAAUUCGACCCGUCCACUGCCACUUGGACGCUCAUUGAGCCGGCAGACGCAAAGUAUCCGCCUGCCCGCAGCUACCACUGCAUGGCCAACGACGGGCACAAAACCGUCUACGUCCACGCCGGAUGCCCUGAAAAGGGCCGGUUGUCGGACCUGUGGGCGUUCGAUCUUACGACCCGCGUAUGGACCGAACUGGCUCCGGCACCCGAUCCACCGCGGGGAGGGCCCUCGAUCGCCUUCGCAGAGGGCAAGCUGUACCGGAUGAACGGCUUCGACGGUAAAACCGAGCAGGGCGGCAGUCUCGACGUGUAUUCUCCCGAGACCAACACAUGGACGUCGCUGCAGUACCCUCCCGACGGCCAGGCCGGUCCCACGCCGCGCAGCGUCAGCGCCCUGCUCCCGGUUCGUAUUACCAACGCAGGCAACAGUAAGACCGGUCUGGUGACGCUUUUCGGGGAGCGAGAUCCCAGUGCGCUGGGCCACCAGGGCGCCGGGAAGAUGUUGAGCGACGUGUGGCUGUUCGACCUGGCCAGCCAGACAUGGCACGAAGUGGAUAUCCAAGGCGAGAGCCGCCCUGUUGCCAGAGGCUGGUUUGCUGCUGACACAGUCGGCAACAGCCAAAUACUGGUGCAGGGCGGACUGGGCGAGUCGAACGAGAGGAUCGGGGAUGCCUGGUUGCUCGCGUUUUAA